AUGGCUUCAUUCGACGUUGUCCUUUUCGUCAUUCUGGUAGUACUGACCUGCGUGUGCCCGGCAAUCGCACCGUUCACUCGGCUCGAUGAACUCGAGCGAAUCUUUUCCGCCCCCCAACACUCUUCACUUUUGGAGACGCUUCCCAGCUGGGACAGCCUGGGCCACUACUCGAGUGAGCAACACCCCAGCCACGAUGGAACCUUGUCCGACAUUCUCCUUCAGUCGUUGUCGCAGUCAGAGCACGAUCAUCAAGUGCCUGUAGCGCAGGAACAUCGGACCGAUCGACCAGCUGACGAGCUCAUCGCCGCUCCUUCACUCCCGGCAGCUGCGUUAGCGUUCAGGGAACUUGAUCUUGGAGAGCGGAACCUCGAGAUCGGUUUGGUCAAGUGGCAUUUCUACGACAGACUCAAGGCCAGUCAGCGAGACCUCCAGCUCCGCACCUGGCCUUACGUCGAACACCUGUCGGAACAAGAACUCUUGAACCGCCUUUCUGCGGUGCUUAUUCUCGAGCAACGGUUCGGCCCGUGGCCAUACAAGAUCGGCAACCAAGAGUAUCUUCUCUACCAAUCGGGUGCAGCUCCUGCCUUCGACCCACGCACCAUGGACCAGACGAACUCGCACACCCGCGUCUACUUCAACGUGCUUCGAGACGUGGCGCAAAGCGGCUCGGGCAAAUACCAGUUUAUAGGUACUUUUCGAGCUCCCGACCGGAGCCGUGUGAUCCCGUAUCGCAGUGCGACAUUGGAGCCCACGGCAGUGCGCAUGAUCUCCAUACGCCAUGUCUACGGUACGAGCUCCACGUUCCAGCUCGAGUUUGAGCCGUGGUCAUCGUAUCUCGCACGCUACAGGCAGCAGCGCGCUCUCGAGAGAGGCAGUGGCUCGUAG